AUGUAUGAAAAUGUCUACAUUUUUACCUGUACGGGAGAGGGAUUUUCUCUGAAGGACCUGUGUUCAUUGGCUGGCUUUGCCUCAGUGGACCGCUCCCAUCAGGAAAGAGAGACAGACAAGGCCACAGAUCCACUAGCCAGCAGAGCACAAAGCGUCUCUAAUAAUAGUCCUGCUGGUGCUGAGGACGCCCAUUCAGAAGAGGAAGGCUUUGCUGUGGACGACGAGGACUCUGAUGGGGAGCCCAAUACCUGGGAGCUGUCAGAAGGGGUUUCUAGCCACCCGCCCAAGGAGCAGGCUGCUGACCUUUUUACUGAGGACUGGGACUUGGAGUUGAAAGCAGAUCAAGGGAAUCCAUAUGAUGCUGAAGACAUCCAGGGCUGCAUUUCUCAAGAGGUCAAACCUUGGGUGUGCUGUGCACCACAAGGAGACAUGAUCUAUGACCCCAGCUGGCACCAUCCACCUCCGCUGAUACCCCAUUAUUCCAAAAUGGUCUUUGAAACGGGACAAUUUGAUGAUGCUGAAGACUGAGUGUGUAGCCUUUUUCCUGGUUGGUUAGGGUAGGUGGGCCCUCUGGUUCAAGGGUUCUUCUGUUCUUUGUGCGAUGCAGUAUCUGAGGAGACAUUCCCAGUGAUCCCAGAGUUGGGCACACACUGUGUUAAAUAAGCCUUCACUGUUCCCCUCAUUUCUGUUGUUGCUGUUUUUAAUGAGCUCCUCCUGAAGUGUGUGAGUCUGUGUCUGUGUCAGGAGAAGUUGUGUUCUUUAUAAAUAAAGGUGGAAAAAACCA